UUACGGCAAUCGCGAAAGUGUCGUGAAGGUGCUGCCGCCCAACAGAGUCACCCAGUCGGCUGGAGGCGGAGGUCUUAAUUCUAGCUCUGUGCUUAUUGGGGUGCGGGGUGACAGAGACAAGACGUCCUGGACACGUUUCAAUACUGGAGUCAAGAGGCCCUAGGCCCUGCGUCACCGUCCACAUUCUCCUGGUAAAUACCAGCCACAAAAAGCUAUAAAACAAGAUAAAGUAUUCUCUCCAAAUAAAAGAAAGCCAAAGUCCAUGAGCGGGCAUCGAUCAACAAGGAAACGAUGUGGAGACUCUCACCUCGAGUCCCCUGUGGGCUUAGGGCACAUGAGUACUCCAGGGUGUAUAUUGAACAAAUUGUUUCAGUUGCCUACACCCCCACUGUCAAGACACCAGCUGAAGCGGCUAGAGGAGCACAGGUAUCAGAGUGCUGGACGGUCCCUGCUUGAGCCCUUAAUGCAGCGGUACUGGGAAUGGCUAGUGGGAAGAGUUCCGUCCUGGAUUGCCCCGAAUCUCAUCACCAUCAUUGGGUUGUCAAUAAACAUCUGCACAACUGUUUUGUUAGUCUUCUACUGCCCCACAGCUACAGAGCAGGCCCCUCUCUGGGCCUACAUUGCCUGCGCAUGCGGCCUGUUCAUCUACCAGUCUUUGGAUGCCAUCGAUGGGAAGCAGGCAAGGAGAACCAACAGUAGUACUCCUUUGGGAGAACUUUUUGAUCAUGGUUGUGAUUCACUAUCAACAGUUUUUGUGGUUCUUGGAACUUGUAUUGCGGUCCAACUGGGGACAAACCCUGACUGGAUGUUUUUUUGUUGUUUUGCUGGGACGUUCAUGUUCUAUUGCGCACACUGGCAAACAUACGUUUCUGGAACAUUGCGAUUUGGAAUAAUUGAUGUGACUGAAGUGCAAAUCUUCAUAAUAAUCAUGCAUUUGCUGGCAGUGAUUGGAGGACCACCUUUUUGGCAAUCUAUGAUUCCAGUGCUGAAUAUUCAAGUGAAAAUUUUUCCUGCACUUUGUACGGUAGCAGGGACCAUAUUUUCCUGUACGAAUUACUUCCGUGUAAUCUUCACAGGUGGUGUUGGGAAAAACGGAUCAACGAUCGCAGGAACAAGCGUCCUUUCUCCCUUCCUCCACAUUGGAUCCGUGAUUACAUUAGCUGUGAUGAUCUACAAGAAAUCAGCAGUCCAGCUUUUUGAAAAGCAUCCCUGUCUUUAUAUACUGACGUUUGGUUUUGUAUCUGCUAAAAUCACCAAUAAGCUUGUGGUGGCGCACAUGACUAAAAGUGAGAUGCACUUGCACGACACAGCGUUCAUAGGCCCAGCACUUUUGUUUCUGGACCAGUAUUUUAACAGUUUUAUUGAUGAAUACAUUGUACUUUGGAUUGCCCUGGUCUUCUCUUUCUUUGAUUUGAUCCGCUACUGCGUCAGUGUCUGCAAUCAGAUUGCGUCUCACCUGCACAUACAUGUCUUCAGAAUCAAGGCCUCUACAGCUCAUUCUAAUCACCACUAGGGGAGGAACUGCUGUUAGACAGGAAGCUCAUGUUUUCUGCAGGAAAGAAUCUGAGAGCGGGGAGGACAAGAACAAAUGUAAUUUAUAAUAAUCAAUGUUGUAUAACUUUUAUUCUUUGUUAUUGGUAACACUCCGUAACGGUCCUGUGUGAGAAUGGGAAUUCCAAGUCCUGCCCUUUAAAUUGAACAUGUUGAUAAUACAGGGUUUGGCCCAAGAAAGCGUGCAGGAAAAAAUGCGUGUUGGUAACUAUCUGGAUUCAGAAUAAAAUUGUCAUGGCGGGGCAGAUCCCCAGUGGCGAUUUCUUAUGUAGAAUAUUUGCAGGCCAAAAGACGGUUGCUUUACAAUUUUAACAAAUCAGCUAUCAGUGACAUCUUUGUUUAGUGUCUUCUCAACCUGUCUUUACUAAGGAGCUCAGCUUGCGGCACAGAUGUAUCCCACUAGCCUGUGAGGGGGACCUGGUGAUAAAGACCUUGAAUUUGGAUGGAAAGGUUUCCCAUCUUCGCACUGUGGAGGAAGUCAUUUUUUUUAUUGUUCUAGAAACUGUCUCUAGCGGGCUGGGGAACCCUGUCAGCAUGCCGAAUAAUGUGGUACCUUUGUUGAUCCAUUUUAUUUUUUUAAAUAAAUAUAUGAUCUGAAAGCCAGCCUUUUCCUCAGUUUUAUUCAGUGGAAAGAUAAACUAAGUUUUAAUGUCAUUUUUAAGAAUUUAAGCAAAAUUUAUUUCUGUUCUUUAAUAAAUAAGAAAA